CACUUCAACUCACAAACUCACAAGCAUUUCCACCAGUGCCAGUGAAACAAUAUAAUUUCUUCCUAGCUAGUUCAUAUCCUCUGACAAAAAAACAGUCAUGGGUGUCACCUGCUUCAGUCAAGAGUUCACGACCUCAGUCUCACCAUCUCGGAUGUUCAAAGCCCUCGUCCUCGAGUCCCACAACCUCAUCCCAAAGAUUGUUCCUCAGGGCAUCAAGAGCAUUGAGUUUGUUGAGGGCGAUGGAGGUGUUGGUAGCAUCAAGCAAACCAACUUCCCUGAAGGUGGCCACUUCAAGUGCUUGAAGCACAGGAUCGAUGCUAUUGACACGAUGAACUUCAUCUGCAAGUACACCCUCAUUGAGGGCGACAUCAUAUUCGAUAAGCUUGAGAAGGUCGUCUAUGAGGUCAAGUUCGAGGCCUCGAGCACCGGUGGAUGCGUGUGCAAGAUGACCAGCGAGUACAUCUGA